AUGUCCAGUCUGAAGGUGCUCCCACUUCUGCUCUUAUUCCACACGCAGCUUUUCAAGGCCUUUCCAGUAUCUUCUCAACCCAAAGGAGAAAAAAAUAUAGAAGUUGUUCAGAAUUACCUGGAGAAGUUCUACCAGUUACCCAAGGACGUCUAUCAGUCUGAAAGGAAGAACAGUGCCAGUGUGAUUGUUGAAAAGCUUAAGGAAAUGCAGCAAUUCUUUGGGUUGACCGUGACGGGGAAGCCCAAUGCGGAAACUCUGGAGAUGAUGCAAAAGCCUCGCUGUGGCGUGCCCGACACUGGUGAAUUUAUGUUGACCCCAGGAUACCCCAGGUGGAAACACACUAACCUGACCUACAGGAUUAUUAACUACACCCCACAAUUGUCAGAGGAUGAUGUGGAAGCAGCUAUUAAGAAAGCCUUUCAAGUCUGGAGUGACGUGUCACCCCUGAGCUUCACCAAGGCCUCACAGGGAGAAGCAGACAUCAACAUUGCCUUUGUCCAAGGAGCUCAUGGUGACAACUCUCCGUUUGAUGGGCCCAAUGGAAUCCUUGCCCAUGCCUUCCAGCCAGGCCAAGGUAUUGGAGGAGAUGCUCAUUUUGAUGCAGAAGAAACAUGGACCAAAACCUCUGAAAAUUACAACUUGUUUCUUGUUGCUGCCCACGAAUUUGGCCAUUCCUUGGGGCUCUCUCACUCUUCUGACCCCGGUGCCCUGAUGUAUCCCAACUACGCCUUCAGUGAAACCAGCACCUACUUGCUCCCUCAAGAUGACAUCAAUGGCAUUCAGGCCAUCUAUGGACCUUCAGACAACCCUGUCCAACCAACGGGACCAAGCACACCCACCGCCUGUGACCCCCGCCUGACAUUUGAUGCUAUCACCACACUCCGUGGAGAAAUACUUUUCUUUAAAGACAAAUACUUCUGGAGAAGGCACCCUCAGCUACGAAGAGUUGAACUCAAUUUUAUUUCCCUAUUCUGGCCAUCCCUGCCAACUGGUAUACAGGCUGCUUAUGAGGAUUCUGACAGGGACCUAGUUUUCCUAUUUAAAGGCAACCAGUACUGGGCUCUAAAUGGCUAUGACAUUCAGCAAGGUUAUCCCAAGGAUAUAUCAAAUUACGGGUUCCCAAGCAAUGUUCAAGCAAUUGAUGCAGCCGUUUCCUACAGGACAAAAACAUACUUCUUUGUGAAUAACCAGUUCUGGAGAUAUGAUAAUGAAAGACAAUCCAUGGAACCAGGUUAUCCCAAAAGCAUAGCAAGUACCUUUCAAGGAAUAGACAGUAGAGUUGAUGCAGUUUUCCAGGAGAAUGAUUUCUUCCUUUUCUUCAGUGGACCAAGAUAUUAUGCAUUUAAUCUUAAUGGUCGUAGAGUCACUGGGGUUGACAGAAGCAUUCGAUGGCUCAAUUGUAGAUAG